UUUUCAGGUGAGUUCACUUUCAUCUGCUUGACGGUUUGCAGUUGUGUAUUCCACAUAACUCUACGAGUCUGCAAAUGUCUCCUUAGGUCGCCCAGCGAUGCUAGCCGGAGCCGAUGGGGAGGAGGAGCUGAGCCCGUAUUGGGACCCUGCCGACCCUCUCGCCCCGUUUGCAUCGUCCGAAGACUCCUUCUGCGACUGCCCCCCAAAGCCUCCGGAUUUCCUGAUUCCCCCACCACCGGCGCCCCCGGCCUCAGCCCUUUGCAGGGGCGGCAGCGGGGAAGCGGGUCAUCUCCAAUUCUGCCAGAUGGAGCCUGUGGGGGCGGAGUUCACACAAACCGCCUUUCCCUCCCUACCUAUCAUCGCCGUUUGUUCGUCCGUCGUCCUCGUCGCGGUGCUCGUCGCCUCCUUCCUUCUAUGGAAGCACAAGCGGAAGGUCCAGAAUUUCUUGCCGUGCAAGACUCACCACCAAGGCAGGUGCGACAUGGGGGGCACUGCGGGCAUCACCUACGACGAUGUCUUAAUCAAUCAUCAUCCAACGCGGCUGCCAAACCACCUCAACCCGAAUCUCAACCCGGACACCAACACCCUUACUCCAAUAGAACUACUUGACGUGAAAUAUGGCAACUACGUUCAGUCGCAUGCUGAUCCCUUGACUAGGACCAACUUUACUAUCCCUACAUCAGCCAACAACACUGCCCAACACCAACAAGCACCUGGUGAGCGUAUUCGUCAACAUCGUCAGCAUCACGGAGGACCACAGCAUCACCAUCGCAGUGGCCACCAUCACUCAAAUAAGAAGAAAGACCAACAGUUCCAUCCUAUUUAUGAAGAAGUUAGUGCAACAUCUGAUGACAACAAGCCAAGUGGUCGUAGUUAUGACUCCGACAUCGAGGACAGCGAAGUGGAAGGUCGAACGGUUGCCAGUGAAGAUGAAUUCGCAGAGGAUGAGUUGAGUGUUGCAGGCGAAUAUCCCUUAAAUGCAGACAUGGAUCAAAGCCAACCAUGUUCUGCAACGAGUAGUUUGCAAGGAUCCACAGGGGGUGACUUAUAUCCAGAUGCGGUCACUGGUUCCAGUGAAAGGUUUUGCAGCGAUGGUAGCCCUUCAGAAAGCAGGGCUGUGAAAGGCAAUUUUCGCGGUCUGGAUAUAGCCACCGGACAAAAUAAAUUAACUCAUUCUUUAGAAAGGAACAAAGACGGUCAUCCUAGCAAUAGUUUCCAAGCGAAACAAAAUUAUUACCUCAACAAGAGUAUGUUGGGGCCAGACUUUACGUACCCAGAAGGGCUGACGGACGGUAAUUCAUGUGUGUCGCCAUCAGGUGACAUGGGACACUCUGAACAAAGUCAAUAUCCAUCGGCAAGGGCAAUGGGUUCUUCCCUAAACUUCAUUCCUGCACUGCUGCAGCAACAACAGCAGCAACAAAGAGCCAUGCCACUUUCUUCGAGAUCAGCCUCCAAUUCGCCUCCACCACCACCAUACCCAACGGCGACGAAUCCCAGAUCUGUCGGACAAGGCCCAAAUACGUCCUCCGGAGUUAUUUCUGCUCUUUAUAACCCGCAGGUUGUGUCACCCGGUGGUCAGCAAACAGGUCGUAUACCUGAAGCUUUACUGCGGGAGUUAUCUUUCAAAUUGCCUCCUCCGAACAGUGGAAUCGCCACUAUGCCAGCCGUUGCACCUAUGAGCUCAAGGUCACUUCCUGUACCACCUUCUUGCAGAGCGGGUGGUAGUGGGGUUCUAUUUACAGUCGAGAGCCCAUAUCCUGCACAGCCGCCCCUUCCAUCCAUAUCGAGGACGCGGUCUGGAUCAGCUACUGAGUUUUCGUCCACAGGGGGCCGAGGAGGUGCUAGUUACCACCCCUAUCCUCAUCAUGCACUAGGUGGGGGCCGCCCGCCAACACCACCUCCUCCAGAGAACAUUUAUGCCUCUAUCGACGAUGUGGGACCGUUUACCAUUGAUGGGAGCCGGCACAGAAGUCCUUUCGUCCCUGGUCGGAAGGGUUCUACUGACUUAAUACAUUUGGCCGGUCCGCAAGCGGCAGAGCCCCCAAAUCCACGAGUGGCAGCGACAAGUUCCAAACGAAUAACGUCCCCAACCGUCACCCUAAUGAUGACAGUGGAGCAUAUGGUGAUAUUAGGCCAAUUUAUGAUUCAAGGACCGCUUGUUCGUGAGUCAACUCGGAUGUUGGUAGUCAAGAGUAACCCUUAAAAUAAAUGGAUUGAGGAGCUCUGUGCUCGAACACAGGUUGAAAUCAUCGCAAACAAAUAAACCUUCAGUUCAGAAACAUGUCGCCAUUGGAAUAGUCACAAGGAGUGAUUUGUAUAAACUCUGUUUCUUGUUUUCUUCCAGAACACCAGUGUCUCUUUUUAUUCGUGAGAAAUUUAAUUAGGAGCUUUUAAGACUAGUCUUAGAGAUCAGCUGUCUAGUCCUGUUGGGAUUAAGAAAUAUCUUUUUAUAUACUGUUAUGACAAUAUAAUAAAAGGGGGGCUCUCUCGUGGGAAGAAGAUUUACUAACCUAAUAAAAUAUGUGUACAUUUGGCUGUUGUUUUAACUGUUUGUUGUUUUGCUCUUAGAAGUGUGAUAUGAAGAUAUUCUUGUAGAAUAAUAUCAGAAUGCUUGCUACAUUUAAAUAACAGUAAUUUUUCUCAAGUUUAUGUGUUUUGAGUGGUAACUGCAGAUCGAUUAACUUACGAGUUAACACAGGCUUGUAAAAUUCGAGUUUCUGAAAAAAAUGUUGAAAUUUGUACUGAAUUAAUAUUUUUUUGAGGUGCAGGAAAGGGCGUUAAUUUUCUUUUUCACUCCUUCAGACGUAUCAUUCCUUUGCGUUGCUCGGUUCUUGAUCGAUCUACUUACUUAUAAACUCUUAUAUCUUGCAAGAUUGCAUAAUGGAAAAAAAAUCGAAUACAAUCAAUUGUUAAAUAUAUGUACUUUUCAGCAGAAAAUAUUUUAUACAAGUUAAAUUACUAUAUGUGUAUAUAGGAGAAGUCUUUAAAGUGCAAAUAUUUGUGUAGAAAGGAAUUUUUGUUAAAGACUUUAUGUUCUCUUUGUCCUUUGCUUUUAAAAUGCAUAUUGUUCUUUCUAUUAUGUGAUGAUGCAUUUUUGCACUGCAGUAUCCAGCAUUGAUUUUGCAAACAUGUUAGCAUUCUACCAGUGCUUUAAUACCUUCUUUCCAGUUCUUUAACACAUUAAUUAAACGAAAUGUUUUCUUUUCUUGUAUUUUCUUAAGGCACGAAGAUUUAUCUGGAAAAAAGUGAAUAUGCGAGUUCAAAAAUUCUUGCGCACUUUGAACAACCUAAAAAUUCGAAUUUUUGUAACGCAACUUUAAUUAAAAAACAUAGUCCAUCUCCUUAUUGUUACAUUAAAAUUUAAUCGUGACAUUCUCUGGGAUAAUCUGAGUUUCCUUUUCAACUUUACUCAAGAUAAAUUUAGUGUUUUCAUCCAACAUGCAUUUCCUAAUAUCUAUAUAAUAAUAUAUGAAGAAAGAACUUGGCAGAGGUAUUUAAAUUCCACUGUUUGUCUAUGCUUUCACGAAACUUUCUUGAAAUCCCGUUUUAUAUGUGAAAUAGUGGUUAAAGAAUUUGCAGGCAAAGCCUUGAAGUAAAAUGUUUUGAUGCUACAUUGAAAACACUUCCAUAGUGGUCAGUGAUUUUACUGCGAUUUUUGAUAUUUUUUCUGUUGUCUCAUUCGCAAUUGAAACAGGACAACAGAGUAUCUCUGACAACAUCCGAGGGAGUUUAAGAUCUCUCUCUUCAUUUUACCACAUUUUAUGCACGUGAGAAGCGCGCUAUGUUCCGUGGUCAGGUCAACUUAUCCAUUGGGAUGAAACGUUCAUAAAUAACAUUUUCAAUCCUUUGUUUAUAUACUGAACUUUUUUCAUCAAAAUUUCCUUAAAAUUGUUUAAACUGCAUAUUCUAAUUGCAAUAAAUAUGCAUUUACACAACCUCGUAUAAGAUUAGAAAAAACGAAUUUGUGGGUAGGACGUAAUAUUAUCCGUAAUUUUUGACACCAUUUUUGAAUUGCUUAACCAAAAGAACAUUAAGGAUGAUUAUCGAAAGGAUUUUUGAUAAGCACUUGCAGCUUGCAGUGCCGAUAUAAAGCUUAAUUAAUUUUAUAUCGCAUUUGCAAGAAACAAAUUAUGAAAAUAACUCGUGUAAGUUGCUUUAAUUAUUGUUAUGCUUUAGAUAUUGGUUUCUGGUGUUGCACUUUAAAGGACAUUUCAAAUUAUUCAUCGUUUUUAGAACUUCUGUUUUAUUUUAGAAAUUGUUAAAAUCUUCUGGUACUCAAAUGUUUUCGAUCAAUAUGCGUAUUUGUAAAAUGAAUCAUCAGGUGAAACUCGGGCUAUGGAAAACUGUACAGUGUGGCUCAUUUGUGUUUAUAAUAACUUUAAAUGCCUUAAUUAAAUGUUUGCAAAUGCUACUUGCUAGCUCAUUAAAUACCGACUACUCUAUAUUUUAUAUAUUUUCAUUUACACGAAAAAUGACCGUACUUAAUAGGAAACAAUGAAUUUAAUAAAUUUCGAUAUUAAAUAAAAUCAGUUUAUUUAGGAUUUGAUAGUAUUUGUAAUAAUAAAAAAUUAUGUUUUAGUAAUCAAAAAUUAAAAAGAUGAUAUUCUUUCUUUCACACAUUUUAAUAUUUAUACUUAACUACUAAUUCGCUUUAAGACGUAUAAUGCUAAGGUGUUAAACCAUCACAAUUUCUCUAUGCAAGUGUCUCGAAAUAUGCAACGAAUAGAAAUAGGUAAGGUAAUUGUUAUAAGUUACCUAAAUUUAUGUAACAGUAUGUAUCUAUCAUGUUUGAGGUGGCUGCAUGUUGUAUAUAUUACUGUAACAUAACGAGCAGAUAUUUCCAUGAUAACAAAUUGCUUUUCCCAGACAUAUCAUACCGAUUGUUAUCAGAAUUGAUUGUCGCAUAUAACAGACUUCUAAAUAGGUUGUAUGUUGCUCAGAAGUCAUUCACAGAACUGAUGGUUUAAUGUUUGCGAUGAUGUGUAUAUGAGAGCCAAACGGAGCUCCGCUCCAAAAACUUUAGUGAAUUAAAAAUUAAAUUUCGUGUAAAAUAUUAAAAAAAAAGAAUAAGAGAAAAAGGAAUGUUCGUAUAUAUCGGAGAAAGGAAACAAACUCUCUUUUUUGUGCAGUCAUAAUUUAUGUUUUUGUGAAUUUUUGUGUUUUUGAAAGUUGAGUUGUUAUGACACAUGGACCUGGACAUGUUUGUGAAUAAAUUUUAGUUUUUUUUCCCUCCUAAAAAUAUAGAAAAGAAUUUAUUGCUGUAAGUGGCCAUUUAAUAUAUGAGUUGUAAAUUUUCUAUCUGCAAGUCCAUAAAAUUUGAUGUAAAUUUGCUACAACUAUCCCAAAUUUGAAGAUACAUGUCGUAUGCAUUGUUUAUUGUGAUUUCAUGGGCAUUGUCUUAUGUGAAAUUUAUUGAGAGUUGUUUGACUGUGUUUAAAAUUGAUUCAUUUCUCAGUGUGAAACUAUGUAUAGUUUUCUCAACUUAUAAAUAUCUUAUGUACGACAUCAUGUUGCAGAUCUAAUAAAUAUAUAAGACGAAAA